AUGGCCUCACAAGACACCAUUCUCCAAACCAACGCCCAAUCAGCCCGGGAAUACAUCCUCUCUCAACCCAGCGAUGCCCUAACCAACAACCCCUGGGCCGUCUACCAGGCCCUGGACCUCUACAGCCGCACAGCGCGUCUCAUGAACUUCAAACAAGCCAAGCUCAACGUCGCCAAAGAAGCCCUCACAUCCAUGGAAACCCCACCAAAGGUGGUCAUCGAAUUCGGCACCUACAUCGGGUGCUCCGCCAUCGCAUGGGCCGCCAUUCUCCGCGACCUGCACGGUCCCUUCGCCGAGGGUCUGCACAUCUACACAUUCGAGGUCAGCGAGACGGUGGCCGACGUAGCGAGGGAUUUGAUCCGCGUGGCGGGCGUUGAGGACAUCGUGCAUGUGAUGGUGGGGCCUGCGUCGGAGUCAUUGGCGAAGUUGGUUGAGGAAGGGAAGAUUGUGAAGGGAGGAGUCGAUAUGGCUUUCUUUGACCAUUGGGAGAAGUUUUAUCUGUGUGAUCUGAAGCUGUGUGAGGAUCUGGGCCUCUUUAGGGUCGGGUCGAGUGUUAUUGCUGAUAAUACUGAUAUUCCGGGGGCACCGGAUUAUUUGGAGUAUUUGAGGGCUGGGGGCCGUGGGGGUGAGGGGUCCGUGAAGUAUGUGACGAAGUCGGUGCAGUCGGAGCAUAUUGUUGAGAGGAGACCGGUAAGUUUGAUCCAUGUCUUGUGUUGUUACUUUGCUUGGGUUGUGGAUGUUGGCUGA